UGGAGUGAAAACUUUGAGCUAGAAAACGCUCGCUCUUUAUAUCAUAAUUAGGUCAUUAUUGCAAUAACAACUGGGACAACACGGAAUAAUAUGUUUAUUAUGGUGUGAAACCAGUGCCAUCUACUGCACUGUAACACUGAGUGUCGGGGCCUGAGGGGUGACGGCAUGGCAGAGGGUGAUGAAUGCGCAGGCAGGGAGUGGAAAGACAAGUACAUGGCCCUUGAGGCCCUGCUCUUCAAGUUCCGUGGGCAGAUGAACGUGAUCCGAGAGCUCACGGCAGAAAAGAUGCAGCAGUUGGAGAAGCAAGUGUUGGAAGCAGAGCGUCGGGCAUAUGAAGCCAACCAGCAGGUGCAGUGGAUGGAAGAGCGUUUAAAGACUUCAGAUAUCCAGUCGAGUGAUUCAGAGCUGCAGCUUUUCAGGCGCUGUCAAGAUCUUCAAGCGGGACUGAAGGAGAAAGAUGAGCUUAUUGACACCCUAGAGCAGCAGCUGGAGGAACAGAAACAGAACCGAAUUCAAGAUGCCAAGACAGUGGAAGAAAAAGCAGCUAAGAUCAAAGAAUGGGUCAUACGGAAGUUGAAUGAAUUUGAUAUAGAGAAUGCCUCUCUGAGAGAGAUCAACCAACAACAGGAAAAUGAGAUACAAGACCUAAGAAGACAACUGCAAGUCAUGGAGCAGACUUUGGGUUCUGGUGGCCCAGUCCAGCCCAGUGUGGGUGAGGCCAAGCGACUCAGCAGUCUGACUUUUGGCUGUUUCCAAAACAGAGGGAAGAUCCCUCAGGUACUGACGGGCCCAGAACCGUCCCAGAAGAGCAUCGACACCCUGCCUGAUCAUGACCACACACUCAUGGAUUGCAAGAGACCCUCUACUGAUUCUGAAAUAAAACAAAACCACCCAGAAACAGAGUAUGUUGGCCAUUGCUCUAAAGGGGGAUCUGAAGAUGAGGGUGGGCGGGACAGUCCCGGAGGUGUCUCCUCGAUCCUGUCUAGCGCUGCCUCUGAGGUAGAGAGGAGUCUGUUUGGAAGUUUCCAAUUCAGCCGACCCACAAGUGAGACAUACCACACCGCCUCUGAUGACAGCAGCUCGCUGUUUGAUGAUGACAUGCAGCGUGUGGACUGCACCAGACUUUGUCUUCCUGGCACCAAGAACGCUUCAAAGAAAGAUGCUGAAGAUGGAUCCUCAGAUGAGUUAAAUAAGCGCUUCCAGUUGCAAUGUUUGGAUUCUUCAUCCUCGUCCAGUGACACAAACACCUCCAGUCCAGUCCUAACUCCAGCUCUCACACCAAAGCGGCCCACCCCGUCUCAGGACACCCAAGACACCCCAGCUUCCCCCAAACAGCCCCGACUGCGGAAUUUGGCAUUGGCUAAGAAGCAUAUGAGUCAGCCUCCAUUGUACAGUGAAGCCACCCAUGGGCGGACUCGAAAUGCUAUCAGCAUGCUACGUCCUCUGCGGCCUCAAGAAACUGACAUGGACCAAGAUCCAAAGAUGGAGACUGGUGAAAGAGAACAUAAUGAUGUGCCUUCAGCUGAAGUGCCACCUGAGGAACCCGAAACACCCGACACCUCUGCAGCUGUUUCCGGGAGUAAACCCCCGACCCCUCCACUGCACAGGCUGCCCUCUUGGGAGAGCAGAAUAUACGCAGUGGCAAAAUCAGGAAUUCGUCUGUCAGAGACGUCAUGUACAGAUGAUGCUAAUAAAGACUCUUCCCACCCAUCCUCAUGCCCCGCCUACAUGCUCUACACAUCCCUCAUCUACAGGAACACAAAUACACCCAUCUUCACCUCAAUGAAAGGGAAGGCGACUUUGUUAUGCAACAUUCAGUUCUCUGAGGAGUCGUGUAGUUCUGAGGAGGACAGUUCGGAGGAGUGUCAGUCUAACUCUGGAGAGGAGGAAAACUGUCAGACCUCUGGAUCAGAGUCACACAAGAGCAGCAGCCGAGGAAGCCCUCGGUCACUUAAGAGAGCUGUGUCAUUAUCUUCUAUGACAUCUGAGUGCGACUAUGCCAUACCUCCUGACGCUUACUCCACUGAUACGGAGUGCUCUGAACCUGAAAACAAGCUACCAAAGACCUGCUCCUCCAACAGUGACAACGGCAAGAGUGAGUCUAUGGAGAAGUCUGGGUACCUUCUCAAGAUGGUAAAGACAUGGAAGAAAACAUGGAAGAGGCACUGGUUUGUUCUGAAGGAUGGGGAGCUUCUCUACUUCAAAUCACCAAGUGAUGUCAUCCAUAAACCCCAAGGCCAGAUUGAUCUGAACGCAUGUAGCACUAUAGCACGUGGUGAUGGGAAACAGAUGCUUCAGGUGGUGACAGGUAAAAGUGUGUGUAAUCUGAAAGCAGAUUCCCCGAACCUCCUGGAGGAGUGGCUUAAGGUUCUGCAAAGCGUCCUAAGGAUCAAAGCUGCUAGUCCACUCUUUACACAUCCAGACGUACGGCCCAUUAUGAAAGGACACGUGACGAAGGUGAAACAUGGCUACUCUAAGCAUGUGUGGUGUAUGCUUUUUGGGAAGAUUCUCUACUACUUCAGAAGUCAAGAGGACAAGUUUCCCCUAGGUCAGAUCAAACUGUGGGAGGCUUGUGUGGAGGAAGUGCAUAAGUCAUGUGACUUAGCUGAAGUCUCUGCUCAGUAUACCCUGUCCAUUCAGUCAAUCAGCCAGGGCCUGACAUACCUGCUCAUCGACUCACCACAUGAGAAGACAGCCUGGUUUUACCAUCUGUCUGUGGCAGCAGGCACUACAGUGGGGCAGGUGGGAACUGAGUUUGAGAAGCUGGUUGGUAAACUUCUCAACAUGCAGGGAGACCCAGGGUCUCCUCUCUGGAGACACCCAAUGCUGUGUUUCACGAAGGAAGGACUGUCUUCUCCACUCACCACCCUGCCUUCACAGGCUCUACAAACUGAAGCCAUCAAGCUAUUUAAGACAUGUCAGCUCUUCAUUAAUGUGGCCAUUGAUACUCCAGCCAUAGAUUAUCACGUGACUCUUGCCCAGUGUGCUCUACAAGUGUGUCUCACCCACCCAGAGCUGCAAAACGAGAUCUACUGCCAGCUUAUCAAACAGACACAGAAGAGGCAACCACACGGAGGGCCUGGAACCCUGCAGGGGUGGCAGUUUCUGGCUCUGUGUGUCGGUCUUUUCCUGCCCACACACCCCACUCUUUGGUAUUUGCAAGUUCAUCUCAAAAGAUAUGGAGAUUCAAGGACGGAGGUGGGAAAGUAUGCAAUUUAUUGCCAACGUUCACUGGAGCGGACGCAGCAAAAAGGGGAUCGGCAAGCCCGAUCUUCACGUAUGGAGAUCUUAUCAAUCUUACUCAGGAACCCUUACCACCACUCUUUGCCCUUCAGCGUGCCAGUACACUUCCUUAACAAUACCUACCAGGUUGUUGGUUUUGAUGCUUCAUCCACAGUGGAGGAGUUUCAGAGUCGGCUGAACCAGGACACAGGCAUGAGGAAAACUGGUCAGUCCGGUUUCAGCCUUUAUUCUGAUGACCCCACUGGCAAAGACCUGGAGCACUGUCUUCAGGGAAACCUGAAGAUCUGUGACAUUAUUGCAAAAUGGGAGCAGGCCUCGAAGGAGCAGCACACAGGCAAAUCUGAGAAUGCCAGGACGGUGAAACUCACUUACAAGAACAGGUUGUACUUCUCCCAGCAGAUGAGAGGAGAGACCGAGAGAGAGCGGUUGCUUCUGGCAUACCAAACAAAUGAGGAGAUUACAGCUGGUCACUUCCCUGUCAACAAAGAGCUUGCUUUAGAGAUGGCCGCCCUGCUUGCUCAGGUGGAGUUUGGGGACUUUGAGCGCCCAUUUUCUAGUCCAAGUGGUUCAGGAGCUGCACAUACUAAGUCUAACCAGACCCUCAAACAGGUUCUAGAGCGUUUCUACCCGAAGCAUUACAGACACACCUCCACUGAGGAACAAAUGAGGCAGUUGCUCCAGAAACUCUCUACCCGCUGGGCAUCUCUGAGGGGCCGGAGUUUAUCAGAGUGCAUACGAAUCUACCUGACAGUGGCCCGGAAGUGGUCAUUUUUUGGAGCCAAACUAUUUGAGGCUGAGCCCGUAACGUCAUCUCCACAGAAGAAUGUGCGUGUUUGGCUGGCAGUGCAUGAAGACGGAGUCAGCAUAUUGGAGUUUAACUCUAUAAAAGUCCUUGGAUCUUACCCUCAAAAAAGCAUUGUGACGUUUGGAGCAUGUGGUCAGGACUUUAUGCUGGUAGUAGCUCUAAGUUCUGGCACCAACACAUCCAAAGAUAAGUCUACAGAGAAGCAUCUGUUUGCUAUGACUCCAUCUAAGGUUCGAGACCUGACGCUGCUCAUAGCCAGCUACAUUAACUGCACACAACAACAAAAAGCAGCGGUGCACCACCUGUCGGCCCCAGCCUUGCUUCUUGCCCUGUCUGCGGAGAUGAAGAACAAGGAAUCAAGGAGCAAGUCUCCUCCUGCUGCCUGCAGACCCAGCAAAACACCAACCCUUCUUUAACACAUCCCUGCUGGACCAUGUGUGCUGGUGUUCACUCAGGCUGUAUCACACUACACUCUCUAAUUCAUUACUAAGUUAUAAGCUAGUGCCCAAAACCAUCUUUACAAUAUACUGAUUUACAUCAAAGGGAAUCUGGAAAUGAAAUGAGAGAUAUAUCUAUAAAAGGGUAAGACCAUAAAGAGACAUCAGAAAAAUUAUUUAUUGAUAUAUUAUAGGACAUAAAUAAUACAAUUUAAUGUUUUUUUGUUUGUUUUUUAAACAUGACUUUAAUUUUUGAUUUGAAUGUUUUUAUCCUGUAUACUGAAGCAACUUGGGUUUACUUGAUUAUUCAUACACCAUUUAUAUAUAUAUUAGGGCUGGGCAACGAUUAAUCGCAAUUAAUCGCA